AUGGUCAGCAACGAAAGAGCUGACACUGAAAUCCAGCAGGAAACAGGAAGCGAAUACAUGCAGGUUAUUCAGCAGAAUCAAAACACUUCUGCUAUGGUAAACAUCAUCUGGCCAAUGCUGACGAAUCCAUUAAUAAGACCCUCCAAUCCUGCUCACAAUGGUCGCGUGUGCAGCACAUGGGGCAACUUCCACUUCAAGACCUUCGAUGGGGACAUAUUCUCCUUCCCUGGGCUCUGUAAUUACAUUUUUGCAUCCCAUUGCAACACUCCCUAUGAGGAUUUCAACAUCCAGAUUAGGCGCACCGUGGUGGAAAAUGCUCCAACAAUCAAACAUAUCACCAUAAUAAUUGAAGGUGUAGCUGCUGAACUAACAAAGGAUGCUGUAACGAUCAACGGCAACAGAGUUCAACUGCCAUACAGAGAAUUUGGAAUUACGAUAGAGAAAAGCAACAUUUACGUCAAAGUUGAAAGCAAAAUGGGUAUUGUGUUAAUGUGGAAUGAAGAUGACAGUAUCCUGCUGGAAUUGAAUGAGAAAUACGCUAAUCAGACCUGUGGACUUUGUGGGGACUUCAAUGGCUUACCAAUUUACAAUGAGUUCUAUUCAAACAAUAUUAAGAUUACAGCAAUGCAGUUUGGGAAUAUGCAGAAAAUGGAUGGGCCAACAGAAGUCUGUGAAGACUCCGCUUCUACCCUGCCAGACAAUUGCACUGAUAUUUUUGAUGACAUAUGUGAGGAAACAUUGACCAGCUCUGCAUUUGCAGAGUGUAAUCACCUAGUUGAUGUUAAAGAGUAUAUUAUGACCUGCCAAGAAGACUUGUGCCGCUCUGAAGAGUCUAAAAAUGCCUCAUGUAUCUGUGACACCUUGGCUGAAUACUCCCGUCAGUGUGCUCAUGCUGGUGGGCAUCCUCUAAACUGGAGAACCUCAACACUGUGUCCCAAGAAGUGUCCUUACAACAUGCAGUAUGAGGAGUGUGGCUCCCCCUGUGCUGACACAUGUACCAAUCCUGAACCAUCUCAGUUUUGUGAAGAACACUGUAUGGAUGGUUGUUUCUGCCCACCAGGGACUGUAUUUGAUGACAUCAAUAAAUCUGGCUGCAUUCCUCGUCAGCAGUGCUCCUGUGUUUACAAUGGCAAUACAUAUGCCACAGGAACUUCUUUUUCAGGGCAAUGUCAUUCCUGUACCUGUAAUGGAGGCCAGUGGCGUUGUGAAAACACAUCAUGCCCAGGAACAUGCUCAGUAGAGGGAGGUUCACACAUUUCCACAUACGAUAAAAAAUAUUAUGAUCACCAUGGAAACUGCACUUAUGUCCUUUCUAAGCACUGUACAGAUGGAACAUUUGCCAUCCUGGUAGAACUACGCAAAUGUGGCUUAACAAAAACUGGGACAUGCUUAGAGACAGUGACCCUCAACAUGAAUAAAGGACAAACUCUCAUCGAGGUCAAACCUGAUGGUGGUGUGUAUGUGAACUCGAUCUACACCCAGCUGCCCAUUUCAUCAGCUAACACCAACGUAUUCAGACCUUCAUCAUUCUUCAUCAUCAUGCAGACAAACUUUGGUGUCCUCCUCGAAAUCCAAAUUAUACCCAUGAUGCAAGUGUUUGUGCGACUGGAUCCUAUUUUCAAAGGCCAGACAUGUGGUCUCUGUGGCAAUUUCAAUGAUCUCGAAACUGAUGACUUCAAGGUUAUAAGUGGAAUAACUGAAGGAACAGCAACAGCAUUUGCUGAUACAUGGAUGACUCAGGCUUCAUGUCCUAAAGUCCAGCGCAGUUUUGAGAACCCUUGUGCACUCAGCAUUGAUAAUGAAAAAUAUGCUCAGCACUGGUGUGGACUACUAACUGACAAGAAAGGACCUUUUGCUGAUUGUCACUAUGCAGUGAAUCCCUCUGAUUAUCACAUGAACUGCAUGUACGACACAUGUAACUGUAAAAACAGUGAGGACUGUCUGUGUGCAGCCCUGUCUUCCUAUGUGAGAGCUUGCGCUGCAAAAGGAAUACAGCUGGAUGGAUGGAGGACCGAUGUCUGCUCAAAAUACACCUCAUGUCCCAAAUCCCUAAGCUACAGCUAUAACAUCUCUUCCUGUCAACCCACUUGUCGAUCUCUGAGUGAGCGUGAUAUCACAUGCAACAUUAAGUUUGUCCCAGUUGAUGGCUGCACCUGCAUAAAUGGAACUUACAUGGAUGAAAGUGGCAGAUGUGUGCCUGCUACUGAAUGCCCCUGCUACUACAGAGGAUCUCCCAUAUCAUCUGGAGAAACUGUCCAAGACAAUGGGAUUGUAUGCACCUGCAUCCAGGGAAGACUGGAUUGCACUGGAGAACCCAACCCAGCUCAAGUCUGUGAAUCUCCCAUGGUCUACUUAGACUGUAGAAACAUCACUGAAGGAACAACUGGAACAGAAUGUCAAAAAAGUUGUCAGACUCUGGAUAUGCAGUGUUAUAGCACACAUUGUGUAUCUGGCUGCGUGUGCCCAGCUGGGCUUGUGUUACAUGGGAAUGGUGAUUGUAUUCCUGAAGAGGAAUGUCCAUGUAUUCACAAUGAAGCCAUGUAUCAGCCUGGGGAAAAGAUCAGUGUUGAUUGUAACACCUGUGUAUGCAAGAAUAGGAAGUGGGAAUGCACCGAAGAUCAAUGUCUGGGCACUUGUGCUGUUUAUGGAGAUGGUCAUUAUAAUACCUUUGAUAACAAAAGGUUCAGCUUCAAUGGAAACUGUGAAUACACACUAGUCCAGGACCACUGUGGGAUGAGUGGCACAGCCAAUGGAACCUUUCGGGUUAUUACUGAAAAUAUUCCCUGUGGCAACAGUGGGACAACUUGCUCAAAAUCUAUCAAAGUUUUCUUAGAGAGCUAUGAACUGAUACUUGGUGAGGAGCAUGUCAGUGUCAUAAAGAGAGGACAAAAUAAUGAGGUGCCAUACACAGUCCGCUAUAUGGGUAUGUACUUGGUAAUUGAGACCACAAGUGGACUGAUACUCAUGUGGGACAAGAAAACCAGCAUCUUCAUCAAGCUCAGCCCUGAUUUUAAGGGCCAGAUCUGUGGCCUCUGUGGAAAUUAUGAUGGCAGCGGCAUCAAUGACUUUACUACAAGGAGUCAGUCUGUGGUAGAGAAUGUCCUAGAGUUUGGAAACAGCUGGAAAGUAUCCUCUACAUGUCCUGAUGCUUCCAGCAUAAAGGAUCCCUGUUCUACCAACCCUUAUCGAAAAUCCUGGUCAGAGAAACAGUGUAGCAUCAUCAACAGCAAUGUCUUUGCUGCCUGUCACUCUCAGGUUGAACCAGCAAAAUAUUACCAAGCAUGUGUGACAGAUGCUUGUGCAUGUGACUCUGGAGGAGACUGUGACUGCUUUUGUACAGCAGUAGCCGCCUAUGCUCAAGCAUGUAGCGAAGUUGGUGUCUGCAUAGCCUGGAGAACCCCAUCAAUCUGUCCACUGUUCUGUGAUUACUACAAUCAACAAGGGGAAUGUGAAUGGCACUAUAAGCCUUGUGGAGCCUCGUGUAUGAAGACCUGUAGGAAUCCAAGUGGAAAAUGCCUCCAUAACUUGUCAGGUUUAGAAGGCUGCUACCCUAACUGCCCACCAAAUAAGCCAUAUUUUCAUGAGGACCAGAUGAAGUGUGUUAGUCUCUGUGACUGUUAUGAUAAUGAAGAUGGAAAGAUAUACAUACGGGAUGAAUGCCGUGUAUGUGAAUGUACAUCAGAUGGUUUGGAGUGCAAGUUUGAUGAUAAAGCAUGCCACUGCAUUUAUGAAGGGAAGAACUAUAAAUAUGGUGAAGUCAUCUACAACACCACAGAUGGAACUGGAUGGUGUUUCACUGCAACAUGUGAUGUCAAUGGAACAAUUAACAGAAAUAUCUCUAAAUGUGGCAUCUUUACAACAACACCAUUUCCUUUUCUUAGAAAUCAGUCCGAAACUACUGCUUCAGAAAUGACAACUACAGCACCAGUGACAACUGUAUGUGUAAAGAAUAUAUGUUCAUGGUCAGAGUGGUAUGACAGCACACAGCCUGAAAAUAAAGAGGAUAGUGGAGAUUAUGAAACAUUUGAAAAUCUCAGACAAAAAGGAUACAGUGUGUGUAACAACCCAAACAAUGUUCAAUGCAGAGCCAAAGAAUAUCCAAAUAUAGAAAUGAACAAUCUUAACCAAACAGUUAAAUGUAGUCUCAGUACAGGAUUAACAUGCAAUAACAAAGACCAGCAAUCUAAGCACUGCUAUAAUUAUGAAAUCAGAAUAUUAUGCUGCAGUUACAAAUCAUGCUCAGAAAUAAGACCUCUGACAGCAACAACCACAGAAUUCAGCACUUACAGGAGCACUACAGGAAGCACCACAAUGGCCACAUCCACAUCAACUUCAGCGCAAACCUCCUCCUUGCCAACCCAGGCUCCAACAUCACACAGUACUGCCACCAGCCUCAACCCAUCAACAGCAACAACCACCACUGCCACUACCACAGUCACCAGUAGUACACCAAGAACAACAGAAGGCACGACCAUGAUCACCACCAGCAUGGGUACCACCACCAGGACCUCUCCACCUCCAACAGAAGGAACCACCACAAUCACACCCACUCCAACAUCACACACCUCAGCCAGUAGCACAAUCAGCACUUCCAGCACCACCACAGGAAGCACCACAAUGUCCACAUCCACAUCAACUCCAGCACAAACCUCCUCUUUGCCAACCCAGGCUCCAACUUCACACAGUACUGCCACCAGCCUCACCCCAUCAACAACUACCACCACUGGCACUACCGGAGUCCCCAGCAGCACUGCACUGCCAACAGAAAGCACGAGCAUCAGCACUACCACCAGCACGGCCAGCUCCACCACGACCUCUCCACCUUCAACACAAGGAACAAGCACCAUCACACCCACUCCAGCACUGACCACCUCAGCAACAGCCACCACUCUCAGCACAUCCAAGACCUCUACCACCUGCCAGCCACAAUGUGUCUGGACGCAGUGGUUUGACGUGGAUACCCCCAGCCCUGGGAGUGAAAAUGGAGACAUAGAGACAUUUGAAAGCAUCCGAGCCGCUGGGUACUCACUCUGUGACCAGCCACAAGACAUCAAGUGUCGUGCUAAAGAUUACCCUACUAGGAGUCUGGACAAGUUGGGACAGGUAUUUGAGUGCAGCAUUGAAUUUGGCCUUGUGUGCAAAAAUGAGGAUCAGGUCACAAAGUACCCCCUGUGCUUUGACUAUGAGAUUCAGGUGCUGUGUUGCAACACUAAAAUCUGCGCAUCAACAACAACUACAGGCACCACCUCAGGAUCCUCCACCACAGCCCCUCCAACACAAACCUCCACUCUGUCAACACAGUCUCCAACAGCACACAGUACUGCCACCAGCAUCAGCCAAUCAGCAACGACAACCACCACUGGCACCACCAUUGUCCCCACUACCACUGCACUGCCAACAGAAGGCACGAGCAUCAGCACGACCACCAGCAUGGGUAGCACCACCAGGACCUCUCCACCUCCAACAGAAGGAACCACCACAAUCACACCCACUCCAACAUCACACACCUCAGCCAGUAGCACAGUCAGCACUUCCAGCACCACCACAGGAAGCACCACAAUGUCCACAUCCACAUCAACUCCAGCACAAACCUCCUCUUUGCCAACCCAGGCUCCAACUUCACACAGUACUGCCACCAGCCUCACCCCAUCAACAACUACCACCACUGGCACUACCGGAGUCCCCAGCAGCACUGCACUGCCAACAGAAAGCACGAGCAUCAGCACUACCACCAGCACGGCCAGCUCCACCACGACCUCUCCACCUUCAACACAAGGAACAAGCACCAUCACACCCACUCCAGCACUGACCACCUCAGCAACAGCCACCACUCUCAGCACAUCCAAGACCUCUACCACCUGCCAGCCACAAUGUGUCUGGACGCAGUGGUUUGACGUGGAUACCCCCAGCCCUGGGAGUGAAAAUGGAGACAUAGAGACAUUUGAAAGCAUCCGAGCCGCUGGGUACUCACUCUGUGACCAGCCACAAGACAUCAAGUGUCGUGCUAAAGAUUACCCUACUAGGAGUCUGGACAAGUUGGGACAGGUAUUUGAGUGCAGCAUUGAAUUUGGCCUUGUGUGCAAAAAUGAGGAUCAGGUCACAAAGUACCCCCUGUGCUUUGACUAUGAGAUUCAGGUGCUGUGUUGCAACACUAAAAUCUGCACGUCAACAACAACAACUACAGGCACCACCUCAGGAUCCUCCACCACAGCCCCUCCAACACAAACCUCCACUCUGUCAACACAGUCUCCAACAGCACACAGUACUGCCACCAGCAUCAGCCAAUCAGCAACGACAACCACCACUGGCACCACCAUUGUCCCCACUACCACUGCACUGCCAACAGAAGGCACGAGCAUCAGCACGACCACCAGCAUGGGUAGCACCACCAGGACCUCUCCACCUCCAACAGAAGGAACCACCACAAUCACACCCACUCCAACAUCACACACCUCAGCCAGUAGCACAAUCAGCACUUCCAGCACCACCACAGGAAGCACCACAAUGUCCACAUCCACAUCAACUCCAGCACAAACCUCCUCUUUGUCAACCCAGGCUCCAACUUCACACAGUACUGCCACCAGCCUCACCCCAUCAACAACUACCACCACUGGCACUACCGGAGUCCCCAGCAGCACUGCACUGCCAACAGAAAGCACGAGCAUCAGCACUACCACCAGCACGGCCAGCUCCACCACGACCUCUCCACCUUCAACACAAGGAACAAGCACCAUCACACCCACUCCAGCACUGACCACCUCAGCAACAGCCACCACUCUCAGCACAUCCAAGACCUCUACCACCUGCCAGCCACAAUGUGUCUGGACGCAGUGGUUUGACGUGGAUACCCCCAGCCCUGGGAGUGAAAAUGGAGACAUAGAGACAUUUGAAAGCAUCCGAGCCGCUGGGUACUCACUCUGUGACCAGCCACAAGACAUCAAGUGUCGUGCUAAAGAUUACCCUACUAGGAGUCUGGACAAGUUGGGACAGGUAUUUGAGUGCAGCAUUGAAUUUGGCCUUGUGUGCAAAAAUGAGGAUCAGGUCACAAAGUACCCCCUGUGCUUUGACUAUGAGAUUCAGGUGCUGUGUUGCAACACUAAAAUCUGCGCGUCAACAACAACUACAGGCACCACCUCAGGAUCCUCCACCACAGCCCCUCCAACACAAACCUCCACUCUGUCAACACAGUCUCCAACAGCACACAGUACUGCCACCAGCAUCAGCCAAUCAGCAACGACAACCACCACUGGCACCACCAUUGUCCCCACUACCACUGCACUGUCAACAGGAAGCACGAGCAUCAGCACGACCACCAGCAUGGGUAGCACCACCAGGACCUCUCCACCUCCAACAGAAGGAACCACCACAAUCACACCAACUCCAACAUCACACACCUCAGCCAGUAGCACAGUCAGCACUUCCAGCACCACCACAGGAAGCACCACAAUGUCCACAUCCACAUCAACUCCAGCACAAACCUCCUCUUUGCCAACCCAGGCUCCAACUUCACACAGUACUGCCACCAGCCUCACCCCAUCAACAACUACCACCACUGGCACUACCGGAGUCCCCAGCAGCACUGCACUGCCAACAGAAAGCACGAGCAUCAGCACUACCACCAGCACGGCCAGCUCCACCACGACCUCUCCACCUUCAACACAAGGAACAAGCACCAUCACACCCACUCCAGCACUGACCACCUCAGCAACAGCCACCACUCUCAGCACAUCCAAGACCUCUACCACCUGCCAGCCACAAUGUGUCUGGACGCAGUGGUUUGACGUGGAUACCCCCAGCCCUGGGAGUGAAAAUGGAGACAUAGAGACAUUUGAAAGCAUCCGAGCCGCUGGGUACUCACUCUGUGACCAGCCACAAGACAUCAAGUGUCGUGCUAAAGAUUACCCUACUAGGAGUCUGGACAAGUUGGGACAGGUAUUUGAGUGCAGCAUUGAAUUUGGCCUUGUGUGCAAAAAUGAGGAUCAGGUCACAAAGUACCCCCUGUGCUUUGACUAUGAGAUUCAGGUGCUGUGUUGCAACACUAAAAUCUGCACGUCAACAACAACAACUACAGGCACCACCUCAGGAUCCUCCACCACAGCCCCUCCAACACAAACCUCCACUCUGUCAACACAGUCUCCAACAGCACACAGUACUGCCACCAGCAUCAGCCAAUCAGCAACGACAACCACCACUGGCACCACCAUUGUCCCCACUACCACUGCACUGCCAACAGAAGGCACGAGCAUCAGCACGACCACCAGCAUGGGUAGCACCACCAGGACCUCUCCACCUCCAACAGAAGGAACCACCACAAUCACACCAACUCCAACAUCACACACCUCAGCCAGUAGCACAGUCAGCACUUCCAGCACCACCACAGGAAGCACCACAAUGUCCACAUCCACAUCAACUCCAGCACAAACCUCCUCUUUGCCAACCCAGGCUCCAACUUCACACAGUACUGCCACCAGCCUCACCCCAUCAACAACUACCACCACUGGCACUACCGGAGUCCCCAGCAGCACUGCACUGCCAACAGAAAGCACGAGCAUCAGCCCUACCACCAGCACGGCCAGCUCCACCACGACCUCUCCACCUUCAACACAAGGAACAAGCACCAUCACACCCACUCCAGCACUGACCACCUCAGCAACAGCCACCACUCUCAGCACAUCCAAGACCUCUACCACCUGCCAGCCACAAUGUGUCUGGACGCAGUGGUUUGACGUGGAUACCCCCAGCCCUGGGAGUGAAAAUGGAGACAUAGAGACAUUUGAAAGCAUCCGAGCCGCUGGGUACUCACUCUGUGACCAGCCACAAGACAUCAAGUGUCGUGCUAAAGAUUACCCUACUAGGAGUCUGGACAAGUUGGGACAGGUAUUUGAGUGCAGCAUUGAAUUUGGCCUUGUGUGCAAAAAUGAGGAUCAGGUCACAAAGUACCCCCUGUGCUUUGACUAUGAGAUUCAGGUGCUGUGUUGCAACACUAAAAUCUGCGCGUCAACAACAACAACUACAGGCACCACCUCAGGAUCCUCCACCACAGCCCCUCCAACACAAAUCUCCACUCUGUCAACACAGUCUCCAACAGCACACAGUACUGCCACCAGCAUCAGCCAAUCAGCAACGACAACCACCACUGGCACCACCAUUGUCCCCACUACCACUGCACUGUCAACAGGAAGCACGAGCAUCAGCACGACCACCAGCAUGGGUAGCACCACCAGGACCUCUCCACCUCCAACAGAAGGAACCACCACAAUCACACCCACUCCAACAUCACACACCUCAGCCAGUAGCACAGUCAGCACUUCCAGCACCACCACAGGAAGCACCACAAUGUCCACAUCCACAUCAACUCCAGCACAAACCUCCUCUUUGCCAACCCAGGCUCCAACUUCACACAGUACUGCCACCAGCCUCACCCCAUCAACAACUACCACCACUGGCACUACCGGAGUCCCCAGCAGCACUGCACUGCCAACAGAAAGCACGAGCAUCAGCACUACCACCAGCACGGCCAGCUCCACCACGACCUCUCCACCUUCAACACAAGGAACAAGCACCAUCACACCCACUCCAGCACUGACCACCUCAGCAACAGCCACCACUCUCAGCACAUCCAAGACCUCUACCACCUGCCAGCCACAAUGUGUCUGGACGCAGUGGUUUGACGUGGAUACCCCCAGCCCUGGGAGUGAAAAUGGAGACAUAGAGACAUUUGAAAGCAUCCGAGCCGCUGGGUACUCACUCUGUGACCAGCCACAAGACAUCAAGUGUCGUGCUAAAGAUUACCCUACUAGGAGUCUGGACAAGUUGGGACAGGUAUUUGAGUGCAGCAUUGAAUUUGGCCUUGUGUGCAAAAAUGAGGAUCAGGUCACAAAGUACCCCCUGUGCUUUGACUAUGAGAUUCAGGUGCUGUGUUGCAACACUAAAAUCUGCGCGUCAACAACAACAACUACAGGCACCACCUCAGGAUCCUCCACCACAGCCCCUCCAACACAAACCUCCACUCUGUCAACACAGUCUCCAACAGCACACAGUACUGCCACCAGCAUCAGCCAAUCAGCAACGACAACCACCACUGGCACCACCAUUGUCCCCACUACCACUGCACUGUCAACAGGAAGCACGAGCAUCAGCACGACCACCAGCAUGGGUAGCACCACCAGGACCUCUCCACCUCCAACAGAAGGAACCACCACAAUCACACCAACUCCAACAUCACACACCUCAGCCAGUAGCACAGUCAGCACUUCCAGCACCACCACAGGAAGCACCACAAUGUCCACAUCCACAUCAACUCCAGCACAAACCUCCUCUUUGCCAACCCAGGCUCCAACUUCACACAGUACUGCCACCAGCCUCACCCCAUCAACAACUACCACCACUGGCACUACCGGAGUCCCCAGCAGCACUGCACUGCCAACAGAAAGCACGAGCAUCAGCACUACCACCAGCACGGCCAGCUCCACCACGACCUCUCCACCUUCAACACAAGGAACAAGCACCAUCACACCCACUCCAGCACUGACCACCUCAGCAACAGCCACCACUCUCAGCACAUCCAAGACCUCUACCACCUGCCAGCCACAAUGUGUCUGGACGCAGUGGUUUGACGUGGAUACCCCCAGCCCUGGGAGUGAAAAUGGAGACAUAGAGACAUUUGAAAGCAUCCGAGCCGCUGGGUACUCACUCUGUGACCAGCCACAAGACAUCAAGUGUCGUGCUAAAGAUUACCCUACUAGGAGUCUGGACAAGUUGGGACAGGUAUUUGAGUGCAGCAUUGAAUUUGGCCUUGUGUGCAAAAAUGAGGAUCAGGUCACAAAGUACCCCCUGUGCUUUGACUAUGAGAUUCAGGUGCUGUGUUGCAACACUAAAAUCUGCGCGUCAACAACAACAACUACAGGCACCACCUCAGGAUCCUCCACCACAGCCCCUCCAACACAAACCUCCACUCUGUCAACACAGUCUCCAACAGCACACAGUACUGCCACCAGCAUCAGCCAAUCAGCAACGACAACCACCACUGGCACCACCAUUGUCCCCACUACCACUGCACUGUCAACAGGAAGCACGAGCAUCAGCACGACCACCAGCAUGGGUAGCACCACCAGGACCUCUCCACCUCCAACAGAAGGAACCACCACAAUCACACCAACUCCAACAUCACACACCUCAGCCAGUAGCACAGUCAGCACUUCCAGCACCACCACAGGAAGCACCACAAUGUCCACAUCCACAUCAACUCCAGCACAAACCUCCUCUUUGCCAACCCAGGCUCCAACUUCACACAGUACUGCCACCAGCCUCACCCCAUCAACAACUACCACCACUGGCACUACCGGAGUCCCCAGCAGCACUGCACUGCCAACAGAAAGCACGAGCAUCAGCACUACCACCAGCACGGCCAGCUCCACCACGACCUCUCCACCUUCAACACAAGGAACAAGCACCAUCACACCCACUCCAGCACUGACCACCUCAGCAACAGCCACCACUCUCAGCACAUCCAAGACCUCUACCACCUGCCAGCCACAAUGUGUCUGGACGCAGUGGUUUGACGUGGAUACCCCCAGCCCUGGGAGUGAAAAUGGAGACAUAGAGACAUUUGAAAGCAUCCGAGCCGCUGGGUACUCACUCUGUGACCAGCCACAAGACAUCAAGUGUCGUGCUAAAGAUUACCCUACUAGGAGUCUGGACAAGUUGGGACAGGUAUUUGAGUGCAGCAUUGAAUUUGGCCUUGUGUGCAAAAAUGAGGAUCAGGUCACAAAGUACCCCCUGUGCUUUGACUAUGAGAUUCAGGUGCUGUGUUGCAACACUAAAAUCUGCGCGUCAACAACAACAACUACAGGCACCACCUCAGGAUCCUCCACCACAGCCCCUCCAACACAAACCUCCACUCUGUCAACACAGUCUCCAACAGCACACAGUACUGCCACCAGCAUCAGCCAAUCAGCAACGACAACCACCACUGGCACCACCAUUGUCCCCACUACCACUGCACUGUCAACAGGAAGCACGAGCAUCAGCACGACCACCAGCAUGGGUAGCACCACCAGGACCUCUCCACCUCCAACAGAAGGAACCACCACAAUCACACCAACUCCAACAUCACACACCUCAGCCAGUAGCACAGUCAGCACUUCCAGCACCACCACAGGAAGCACCACAAUGUCCACAUCCACAUCAACUCCAGCACAAACCUCCUCUUUGCCAACCCAGGCUCCAACUUCACACAGUACUGCCACCAGCCUCACCCCAUCAACAACUACCACCACUGGCACUACCGGAGUCCCCAGCAGCACUGCACUGCCAACAGAAAGCACGAGCAUCAGCCCUACCACCAGCACGGCCAGCUCCACCACGACCUCUCCACCUUCAACACAAGGAACAAGCACCAUCACACCCACUCCAGCACUGACCACCUCAGCAACAGCCACCACUCUCAGCACAUCCAAGACCUCUACCACCUGCCAGCCACAAUGUGUCUGGACGCAGUGGUUUGACGUGGAUACCCCCAGCCCUGGGAGUGAAAAUGGAGACAUAGAGACAUUUGAAAGCAUCCGAGCCGCUGGGUACUCACUCUGUGACCAGCCACAAGACAUCAAGUGUCGUGCUAAAGAUUACCCUACUAGGAGUCUGGACAAGUUGGGACAGGUAUUUGAGUGCAGCAUUGAAUUUGGCCUUGUGUGCAAAAAUGAGGAUCAGGUCACAAAGUACCCCCUGUGCUUUGACUAUGAGAUUCAGGUGCUGUGUUGCAACACUAAAAUCUGCGCGUCAACAACAACAACUACAGGCACCACCUCAGGAUCCUCCACCACAGCCCCUCCAACACAAAUCUCCACUCUGUCAACACAGUCUCCAACAGCACACAGUACUGCCACCAGCAUCAGCCAAUCAGCAACGACAACCACCACUGGCACCACCAUUGUCCCCACUACCACUGCACUGUCAACAGGAAGCACGAGCAUCAGCACGACCACCAGCAUGGGUAGCACCACCAGGACCUCUCCACCUCCAACAGAAGGAACCACCACAAUCACACCAACUCCAACAUCACACACCUCAGCCAGUAGCACAGUCAGCACUUCCAGCACCACCACAGGAAGCACCACAAUGUCCACAUCCACAUCAACUCCAGCACAAACCUCCUCUUUGCCAACCCAGGCUCCAACUUCACACAGUACUGCCACCAGCCUCACCCCAUCAACAACUACCACCACUGGCACUACCGGAGUCCCCAGCAGCACUGCACUGCCAACAGAAAGCACGAGCAUCAGCCCUACCACCAGCACGGCCAGCUCCACCACGACCUCUCCACCUUCAACACAAGGAACAAGCACCAUCACACCCACUCCAGCACUGACCACCUCAGCAACAGCCACCACUCUCAGCACAUCCAAGACCUCUACCACCUGCCAGCCACAAUGUGUCUGGACGCAGUGGUUUGACGUGGAUACCCCCAGCCCUGGGAGUGAAAAUGGAGACAUAGAGACAUUUGAAAGCAUCCGAGCCGCUGGGUACUCACUCUGUGACCAGCCACAAGACAUCAAGUGUCGUGCUAAAGAUUACCCUACUAGGAGUCUGGACAAGUUGGGACAGGUAUUUGAGUGCAGCAUUGAAUUUGGCCUUGUGUGCAAAAAUGAGGAUCAGGUCACAAAGUACCCCCUGUGCUUUGACUAUGAGAUUCAGGUGCUGUGUUGCAACACUAAAAUCUGCGCGUCAACAACAACAACUACAGGCACCACCUCAGGAUCCUCCACCACAGCCCCUCCAACACAAACCUCCACUCUGUCAACACAGUCUCCAACAGCACACAGUACUGCCACCAGCAUCAGCCAAUCAGCAACGACAACCACCACUGGCACCACCAUUGUCCCCACUACCACUGCACUGUCAACAGGAAGCACGAGCAUCAGCACGACCACCAGCAUGGGUAGCACCACCAGGACCUCUCCACCUCCAACAGAAGGAACCACCACAAUCACACCAACUCCAACAUCACACACCUCAGCCAGUAGCACAGUCAGCACUUCCAGCACCACCACAGGAAGCACCACAAUGUCCACAUCCACAUCAACUCCAGCACAAACCUCCUCUUUGCCAACCCAGGCUCCAACUUCACACAGUACUGCCACCAGCCUCACCCCAUCAACAACUACCACCACUGGCACUACCGGAGUCCCCAGCAGCACUGCACUGCCAACAGAAAGCACGAGCAUCAGCCCUACCACCAGCACGGCCAGCUCCACCACGACCUCUCCACCUUCAACACAAGGAACAAGCACCAUCACACCCACUCCAGCACUGACCACCUCAGCAACAGCCACCACUCUCAGCACAUCCAAGACCUCUACCACCUGCCAGCCACAAUGUGUCUGGACGCAGUGGUUUGACGUGGAUACCCCCAGCCCUGGGAGUGAAAAUGGAGACAUAGAGACAUUUGAAAGCAUCCGAGCCGCUGGGUACUCACUCUGUGACCAGCCACAAGACAUCAAGUGUCGUGCUAAAGAUUACCCUACUAGGAGUCUGGACAAGUUGGGACAGGUAUUUGAGUGCAGCAUUGAAUUUGGCCUUGUGUGCAAAAAUGAGGAUCAGGUCACAAAGUACCCCCUGUGCUUUGACUAUGAGAUUCAGGUGCUGUGUUGCAACACUAAAAUCUGCGCGUCAACAACAACAACUACAGGCACCACCUCAGGAUCCUCCACCACAGCCCCUCCAACACAAACCUCCACUCUGUCAACACAGUCUCCAACAGCACACAGUACUGCCACCAGCAUCAGCCAAUCAGCAACGACAACCACCACUGGCACCACCAUUGUCCCCACUACCACUGCACUGUCAACAGGAAGCACGAGCAUCAGCACGACCACCAGCAUGGGUAGCACCACCAGGACCUCUCCACCUCCAACAGAAGGAACCACCACAAUCACACCAACUCCAACAUCACACACCUCAGCCAGUAGCACAGUCAGCACUUCCAGCACCACCACAGGAAGCACCACAAUGUCCACAUCCACAUCAACUCCAGCACAAACCUCCUCUUUGCCAACCCAGGCUCCAACUUCACACAGUACUGCCACCAGCCUCACCCCAUCAACAACUACCACCACUGGCACUACCGGAGUCCCCAGCAGCACUGCACUGCCAACAGAAAGCACGAGCAUCAGCACUACCACCAGCACGGCCAGCUCCACCACGACCUCUCCACCUUCAACACAAGGAACAAGCACCAUCACACCCACUCCAGCACUGACCACCUCAGCAACAGCCACCACUCUCAGCACAUCCAAGACCUCUACCACCUGCCAGCCACAAUGUGUCUGGACGCAGUGGUUUGACGUGGAUACCCCCAGCCCUGGGAGUGAAAAUGGAGACAUAGAGACAUUUGAAAGCAUCCGAGCCGCUGGGUACUCACUCUGUGACCAGCCACAAGACAUCAAGUGUCGUGCUAAAGAUUACCCUACUAGGAGUCUGGACAAGUUGGGACAGGUAUUUGAGUGCAGCAUUGAAUUUGGCCUUGUGUGCAAAAAUGAGGAUCAGGUCACAAAGUACCCCCUGUGCUUUGACUAUGAGAUUCAGGUGCUGUGUUGCAACACUAAAAUCUGCGCGUCAACAACAACAACUACAGGCACCACCUCAGGAUCCUCCACCACAGCCCCUCCAACACAAACCUCCACUCUGUCAACACAGUCUCCAACAGCACACAGUACUGCCACCAGCAUCAGCCAAUCAGCAACGACAACCACCACUGGCACCACCAUUGUCCCCACUACCACUGCACUGUCAACAGGAAGCACGAGCAUCAGCACGACCACCAGCAUGGGUAGCACCACCAGGACCUCUCCACCUCCAACAGAAGGAACCACCACAAUCACACCAACUCCAACAUCACACACCUCAGCCAGUAGCACAGUCAGCACUUCCAGCACCACCACAGGAAGCACCACAAUGUCCACAUCCACAUCAACUCCAGCACAAACCUCCUCUUUGCCAACCCAGGCUCCAACUUCACACAGUACUGCCACCAGCCUCACCCCAUCAACAACUACCACCACUGGCACUACCGGAGUCCCCAGCAGCACUGCACUGCCAACAGAAAGCACGAGCAUCAGCACUACCACCAGCACGGCCAGCUCCACCACGACCUCUCCACCUUCAACACAAGGAACAAGCACCAUCACACCCACUCCAGCACUGACCACCUCAGCAACAGCCACCACUCUCAGCACAUCCAAGACCUCUACCACCUGCCAGCCACAAUGUGUCUGGACGCAGUGGUUUGACGUGGAUACCCCCAGCCCUGGGAGUGAAAAUGGAGACAUAGAGACAUUUGAAAGCAUCCGAGCCGCUGGGUACUCACUCUGUGACCAGCCACAAGACAUCAAGUGUCGUGCUAAAGAUUACCCUACUAGGAGUCUGGACAAGUUGGGACAGGUAUUUGAGUGCAGCAUUGAAUUUGGCCUUGUGUGCAAAAAUGAGGAUCAGGUCACAAAGUACCCCCUGUGCUUUGACUAUGAGAUUCAGGUGCUGUGUUGCAACACUAAAAUCUGCGCGUCAACAACAACAACUACAGGCACCACCUCAGGAUCCUCCACCACAGCCCCUCCAACACAAAUCUCCACUCUGUCAACACAGUCUCCAACAGCACACAGUACUGCCACCAGCAUCAGCCAAUCAGCAACGACAACCACCACUGGCACCACCAUUGUCCCCACUACCACUGCACUGUCAACAGGAAGCACGAGCAUCAGCACGACCACCAGCAUGGGUAGCACCACCAGGACCUCUCCACCUCCAACAGAAGGAACCACCACAAUCACACCCACUCCAACAUCACACACCUCAGCCAGUAGCACAAUCAGCACUUCCAGGACCACCACAGGAAGCACCACAACAUCCACGUCCAGCUCUACUCCAGCACAAUCCUCUUCUCUGUCAACUCAGCCUCCUACAGCACAUGUUACUGUCGUGACUGUCAAUCCUUCAGCAACAACUACCACUCCUACUUCUUUGCAGCUCCGCAGUACCACUGCAGCGACAACACAAAUCACAACUGCCAUCAGUACUACUAGCACAGCCAGCACCACCUGGACCUUUCCAAGUUCAGCGGACGAAACAACCAUCACAACCAGCGCAAGAGUAUCCACCUCAGCAGUUAGCAGUAGUAGCACCUCGAGGAACACCACAGGACGCACCACAAUGUUCACAUCUGUUUCAUCAGAAACAUCCACUCUGGCAACUGAGGCUCCAACUUCAUACAUUACUGCCUCCAGCCAUUACCCGUCAGCAACAAUGAGUGUAUUUUCUACACACAUCCCUGCCACUUCUACUUCACUAAGUACUGCCACAAUUCCCAGAAUUUUCUCUACCACUAGCAUCCCAGUAACAACAUCUGCUACACCACAAUCAAGUCAUGUUACAAGAAGCACCUCUCCAAUCUUCAGUUCUGUCUCCAGCACACCUGUCACAACAGAAGCAAGUACAUUUGUAUCAUCAAUUGGAACGACUCCAUGUUUUUGUCAUGUAUUUGAUAAUUUGUUUUCUCCUGGGGAAGUGAUAUACAACACAACAGAUGGUGCUGGCUGUAAUUUUUAUGCACUUUGCAGCAAGGAAUGUGAAAUUGACCGACACCAGGGGCCAUGUCCUUCUACAACACCUUUCACUUCAACACCACCUUUCACUUCAACACAAGCCGCCUCAUCCACAGAACACGGAUUGUCUUCUGUCUCACAGACAACACCAACAUCCGUCACAACUUCAGGACCAAGAAACUGUACUCAUGUCAAUCCUCCACGAAAGCCUGGAGAGCACUGGAUAAGUGAAUGCCAGAACUGUGUCUGCGACCCCCUCAAUGCUACCGUACAGUGCCAGCCGAUUCUAUGCACAACAGCUCGGACACCAAUUUGUGACCUCGGAUUUUUUCUUGCGCCUGUACUACCACCAAAAAACUUAUGUUGUCCUGAAUAUUAUUGCCAACCAAUGGUUGACAUCUGUGUGAUUGACAAUGCAACUUACAAGCCUGGAACGUCGGCAAUCAUCAAUCCAUGCAAGAAUUGUACCUGCACUUUUGAGAAAGAUCCAGUGAAUAAUACAAAUAUUGUGCACUGUGAAAAAGUUCAAUGUGAAACAACUUGCCCACUGGGUUAUCAAUACAUGACUGAGGAUGGAGAGUGUUGUGGGGAGUGUAUUGAAGUAGCUUGCAUAAUCAAGCUAAAUAACACUGUUCACGUGCUCCAAGUUGAUGAUGUCCUGUCAAUCGAUAACUGCACCCAUUACAAAUGUGAAAAAAUUGAAGACCAAUUUGUUGUAGUCCAAACUAAAAAAAUAUGCCCUGAGUACGACCCAGAAGAGUGUGAUCCUGAUGAAACAGAGACUACUCCUGAUGGGUGCUGCAAAAUAUGUAAACCUACAAACUGCAAAGUUUAUAGCAAAAACACUGUGAUCCGCCUCGGUGACUGUGAAUCUUCAGUACCUGUCGAACUGACAUAUUGUGAAGGAACUUGCCCUGGCUCCUCAGUGUAUUCUUUUGAAGCAAACCAGAUGCAACACGAGUGUGGCUGCUGCCAGGAGUUCAGCAGCCAAACAAAAGAGGUGACCCUGAGUUGCCAAAACGGAACAAGCAUGAAUUAUAGCUAUGUUUACGUGGAUCAAUGCCAGUGUAUGAAUGCAUGCACCUCGGACACCUCUGCAGCAUCUGAUUCCCAACAGAAAAUCAGCAGACGAAAGAGAUGAUCACUAGAAAGUCUAGAGUCUAGGGAAGCUGUAAUCUUGUUUUCUCCACAAUAACUUGUGCUCCUUCUUUAACAGAUCUCAUGUCAGUU